CUUAAAACAUGUUUUAGGUUAGUCUCUCGUUCUCUCGUACAUUUACCAUACCCGGAGUUACUGAUUGUUGUCUCUUUUGGAUCUCGUCCUCGGAAAAAUGGUAAGUUACAUUUUGUUUCAUAAUUAAUAUUUUUUAUCCGCUUUUAUUUAAAUGAUCCUUUAGCUUAGCCCAGUUUUUGGCUUUCGGUCGUUUAGCUCUGGAAUGUUACUGCCGAUCGGCUUUCAUUAAAAUACGACGAUUAAUUAUUUUUUUGUUCCUCCAGACGAAAGGAACUUCAAGUUUUGGUAAACGUCACAAUAAGACGCACACUUUGUGUCGUCGUUGUGGACGGUCCUCGUAUCACAUUCAAAAGUCUAAGUGUGCUCAGUGCGGUUAUCCGAGUAAAAAACUCCGUCAUUGUAAGUAUACAAAACAAUAAUUAUCAUUUGUAAUGUUAUACUUACCAUAUCGUUUGCUAAAGUAGUACUGUUUUUGAUGUACCUAAACCGUAUUUGUAUUUUUUGUGAUUAGAUAAUUGGAGUGUAAAGGCUCAACGUAGGAAGACCACUGGAACUGGCCGUCUUCGUCAUUUGAAAAUUGUUCGGAGGAAAUUCAGGUGAGUUUUAAUAAAUAUUGUUGUUAUAUACCUACCUAUUAUGUUGUGAUUCUAUUAUGAGCGAUAGUUCACUCAGUUUCCUUAACUAUUUCUCGUUUCAAUAUAAUGUUUCAUAAGUUACCUAGUCUCAAUAAAAAUAUAUCUUGAAUCUUUUUAUUUUAGUAUUAACAAUUGUUGAUGAAUUGCAUGUUAAUUCAUGUGAUGAAAAAAAGUUUUAAAAUAUUACAUUUAUUUUAAAUAUGUAUAGGUUUUGUUGAAUGUUUAUAUUAGUAAGUAGGUAGGUAUGGAUUUAGAUAAAUAAAUUGUCUUGCAGUGAUGUAAACCAUAUUAAUAUACGCUAAUACGACCAAAUUUAAAAUGGGUAUUACUUGCCCUCUCUGAGCAUUGCAUUUUAUUUAUCAACUGUUUUGAAAUACUAGGUACCUAGUCCUAAUAUACCAUCAAUCCUUCCUUAAAUAUUACCAACAUUACUUUAAUUUUAUAUUGAUUAUACAAUAGUUACAUAUAAGUUACACUUCAAAUGUCAUAUUUUCAAAAAAAAAAAAUAAUGAAUAUUGUUUCGUUUCUAUCUAAUUUACUAUUAUAAAUAUUUUAACGUCUUUUUCAUUGGUAUUGUGUCUUAGUAGUGCAAUGAUGUUAACUUAAAAUAAUAUACGCUAAUACGACCAAAUUUAAAAUGGGUAGUACUUGCCCUCUCUGAGCAUUGCUUUUUAAAUUAUCAGCAUUUUUGAAAUACUUACUAGGUACCUAUAAAUGAUACAAAAAAUAAGUUAGAAAUAUUUUGUUAAUUUUAUCCCUACAUAGUUAACGAUCUAUCUUUAUUAUAAAAUUAUAUAAACAAAAAUGAUUCAGUUUGAUGGCCAGUUUAAUAUUUAUAUUAUAUUCAGUAUGGGCUAAAGCCCAAAAAUAUAAAUAUUAACAUUUUAAACAUUAAUAAUUUAACUAAGACUUAUAACUAUAACUACGGUUUAAGAUUAAUAUAGGAAGGCCUAUAGUUUGACAACUAAAUUAUUAACUAAAAUAAUUUCUAUUAAUCUUCUAAAACUUAGUUAAUAUCUAUUAUACACUAUGCAGAUAUCAUUGCUGGUACCUAUUUUUUUUUUUUUAAUCUAUAUUAUGAAAUAAUCUAUUCUAUACAUAUAAAGAAUUUAUUAUUAAUAAUAAUAUUUUUUAUAAAAAUGUCUUAAUGAAAAUUUGUUUAAAUCUAUUAUUUUACAAAAUAAUAUUGUUUGCUUUACUCAUUAUUAGUUUUUUCAGUAUUUCCUUUACUGAUUUUAAACUUAUAUAUAAAAUAUAUAAUUCAUAAUUUAUUUUAGACAUUUUUCAAAUGUUAUCCUAUUAUAAUGUUUCAAAUAUUAAAAUAAAGUUUACACUUAACAGUUAAAAUUAAGCAGAAAAUAUUACGAUAUUUGUGUUCUUGUACCUAAUACUUUUAAAUAUUAUACAAUAUACUAGAGACCUGUAUAAAUUGUACAAAUAUAAAUGUAAAAAUGAUUUAAAUACAUUUAUCCCAUUUGUGUAACUUGUUUACUAUUGGUGAAUUGUUUUUGAUAGUAUGUAACAAUUUGUAAGAUGUACUGUUUUUGUUUUUCGUUUUUUUUUUUAUCCUAUUUUAUUAAAGUACUUAACUAAAUGAACAUGUUCUGCUGUAUCAUUCACAACCUAGGUUAUUAAUUAAUUCUUGACCUUGCAAUAAUUUAAAUUUUCUUUUUACAUAGACUGGUGUGUUUCUAUACAAUUAUUUAAUCCUUUCAUAUAAAUGUUUAUUUUUUUUUUUUAUAUAUAAAGUUUGGUAUUUUAUUAACAUUUAAUUUGUGUUCAUUUAUUUACUACAACAUUACUCAUUUCCAUCGAAGUUUUCAUGAUCAAUAACUUUUAUGAGCCAAAAUUAUGAAAUUUGCUUGAAACAAAACCAACUGAUCAAUUAUAUCAAAAUAAAGCAAAAUUAAAAUUAUCAUUAAAAAUGAUCAGUAAAAGUGAUCAAGAAAAAUCUGUUUUGCUUUUAAGAAUAUUGGAUAGGAAAGAGAGAUUAAGGAAACUGGUCUGUAGAAUUUUUUUUAUAUACCAAAGCUAUAAUAGCAUAUUUAGUAUAUUAACAGUAUGCUACGUUUGUUAUUAAAUUUAGCAUUCACAAAUAAUGAUUAAAUAUUUUGUCUUAAAAAAUAUAAGGAUUUGUAUUAUAAAAUAAUGUAAAUAAUGCUUCUAUGAAAAUGUCAUGUUUUCUUUGGUAUAAACUACUAAAAAGUAGUUAAUAAAUACUUAUAAUGCAGAAUUCACAUCAAAUUUAUAAUGAUUUUUAUUUUUGUUUAAACCUGUAAACAUUUUUUCUACCAGAAAUCUUGCUCAGGUUUUCAAAUGUAGUAUCUGUUCUAAAAGGAAAUUUUAAUUAGUUAGUGCAUUGAGAUCAUCUUUUGAUUUUCCAAGUGGUUUUCAUAAUAAUUAGGAAACAAAUAUACAAAAUUUAUUAUAAUUUUCAAUUUUUUUUGUUUUUAUUGUGCUUCAGAAAAUAUUUGUAGAAACUUGAAAUUUGGGCAGUAUGUUAAUUCUUAUUAGUGUUUGGGCCCUGGUUAAGUAAUCAAAAAUAUUACAUAUUGCAAUUAGUAUAACAUUAUUUAUUAUAUUUAUUACCUUUUUUAAAUAUAUUUUUGGUUUGUAGUUAUUGAAACAAUGAUAUAAAGAAAAUACUGUCAGCUUCUAUCUAUUCAUUAUUUUUAAAUACUCCUCCUGUACAUAUUUUGGAUUUACCAAAUUAAUAUUAUAUUACAGUUACUAAUGUUUUUUUAAAAACAAUAAUUACUAGUUUUGCAUUGUUUCGUUUCUAUCUAAUUUAUUAGUAUAAAUAUUUUAACGUCUUUUUCAUUGGUAUUGUGUCUUAGUAGUGCAAUGAUGUUAACUUUAAUUAAUAUACGCUAAUACGACCAAAUUUAAAAUGGGUAGUACUUGCCCUCUCUGAGCAUUAUUUUAACAUUAAAUAUUUUUCUGUUUUCUGUUGGGCAAUUACUUUUUAUGAAUACUUUACGAGGGCUAAUCAAAAAGUAUCAGGACUGGUAGUAUCAUUCGGAAAAGGAGCAUCAAAGAGCAGUAGGAUUGGUAUCGCUUGCUUCUAUGACUUUUUCUGAGUACAUUUGUUUUUAUUGCUUCUCUAUAAAUUUCAUCGGUUUGAUUUCACUGGUAUUUCUGUAAAAUAUAUUUUUCGAGUUUGGCGAUUUUGUAAUAAACCCAAAAGAAGAGUAACUUGACAGANGCAACAUUUCAUGGUUUUUGCCAUUAAAUGUCAAUUGAAAAACUGAAAAUGUGCUCUUGAGUGGCAGCAAGUUCCGCUUCUUUUGGAUUCAUUACGAAAUCGCCAAACGUGAAAAACAAAUUUUAGAAAAAUAUCAUCAAAUCAAAACGAAGAAGUUUAUAGAGAUUUUAUACGGAUAGAUGUGCUCAGUAUAAGUUAUAGAAGCUAGGUUUACAAAUCGUUUUGCUCUUCAACGCUCCAUUUCCGAGUAAUAUUAUCAGUCUCGAUACUUUUUGAUUAGCCCUCGUAUAUAAGUUUGGAAAAAAAAUAUAUAAUAUUAUUAUUAUAAAUAAUUUUUCUUAUUUUAAUGUUAUACACAAAAACAUAUUAACUUAAAUUUUAACAUACAAGGUAUUAGUUUAAAAAUAUCCAUUUAUUUUAAUUAUUCUUAUCUUAGUUGUUGCUGUUCUAUUCUAUAUUGUUAUAAAAGAUGUGCUGUGAUGUUAAAGUUAAUUAAUAUACGCUAAUACGACCAAAUUUAAAAUGGGUAGUACUUGCCCUCUCUGAGCACUAACUUUGUAAAAAUAUGUUAAAUGUAUUUUACAUUUUUUAUUUUGUAACUUUGUAAUUUUUAUUUUUCAGGAACGGUUUCCGUGAAGGCACCCAGGCAAAACCCAGAAAUAGACAGAGUUAAUCAUGUUUUCGGUUUUGUUGAUUUAAAAAAAAAUAUACAAAAUUCCUUUGUAUUGUUUAUUUUGCAUUAUUUUAUUAACAAAUAAUACCAACAGUUGAAAUUUCAUGUGUAUAUGAUUUAAUUGAUUUAAUACGGUUAGGUUAUUAAUUUAUAGUUUAUUCUA